AUGCCACGGUUUUUCUCCGUGCAGCUCUGGACAGAGCUCUCUGACAGAGCCAGAGUCACAGGCCGAACACAAGGAGCUCCGGACCCGGGAUAUCUCUUCCACGCGGCCCAAUCGGACUUCACUCGGGACAAGGCGGGUAGCUGCCAGGGGCUGAACGUGCCCAAGGCGAGGCUCAGCAGGCGGCUACGCGCAGCUCCGCCCCGCCCCGGCAGCCCGCCCGGCUCUCCCCGAAGCCCCGGCCGUGCCGUGCCGUGCCGGGUCCCGCAGGCCGCGGUCUCGCCGCCCCCCUCGAUCGGGAUCGCGACGCCGUCGCGUAGCAACGCGGCCCGCCCGCCGGAGGAGCGGAGCGUUCGGUGCCGCUCGGCAACCCGGAAGCAGAGCGGGCGCCGCUCCGCCCCGGGGUCGGCCGUGCCGUGCCGGGCCCCAGCGCCCUCUCCGGGACCGCCGCCGUCCUACCCCUCCGUCCCAGUCCCGGUCCCGGUGCCUCUUCCCGCCCCGCCGCCGUCUCCGGGCCCCUCCCGGCCCCGCCGCGCCCGGGCCGGCGGCGGCGGGCGAAGGAGGGGGCUGCUGAGCGGCGGCCGCCGGAGCCAACGGGCGGCGGGGAGGGGGGCGGGCGCUGCGGGGGUGUCGGGUUAG